AUGCCGGCCAUAUACGCUACGGUCCAUCGGAAAGGUCCACCUGGUGAAAAAUUGAGAGAAAUUGAGCCAGAUGCGAACAAAGAAGUAGUUGUGAAAAAGAUCAAUAAUUUAAGAAGCAAUGUUAGGAAGGAAAAGAAGAAAUAUGACCAAUCUUUAAAGUCUGGGGCAUCUGCUGAUGAUGUGUACCGUAUUAAACUGUGGUACUACGAUUUGUUCAAUUUCGUUCAUGAUCAAUGCACUCCAAGGGAAUCUUCAUCCAACUUAGAUAGUGAUGACGAAAAUAGUUGUGAGAGUGAAGAUUCUUCAAAUGCCGAUGAAGAAUAUUCAUCCAACAGCGUAUCUACCGACAGCAACGAGGCCCGAUCGACAUCGUCAAAUAAUAAUUCAUCUCACCAACCAAAACCUUGUAAAACAAAAAGAAAAGAUGAAAGCAUAGCAAAUGAAGUAUUGGAAUCUGUACGAGAUCACUUCAAGCGUCCUGGCCCAAUUGUAACAGAAGAUAGGUGCGAUAUUAUUGGCAAAAAUGUGGCUAUGAAAUUGAGGGCUUUAGAUGCGAAACAAAUAAUAGUCGCAGAAAAACUUAUUAAUGAUUUACUUUUUGAAGCAGAAAUAGGAAACCUCACUCCCGAGCACGCCUAUAUUAACAUUAGAGAUAUUUUGAAACAAAAUCAACGAAGCUAUGUUCCUGCUCAGCAAUAUCGACAACAUGUAUAUCAAUCCUCUCCUACUUCCAAUAGGGCAUACACCCCUAAGGUUGUAGCAUUAAGAGAGCCUGAAGUUGUGGCAUCAAAAGAGUCUGAAGCUACAGAUCCUGAUGUUGAAGCUACAGAUCCAGACUUGCAACAAGAUCGUUGUCCAAAAAGAAUGAAAAAGAAACAGAAGACUGCACCUGAAGAUGACAAAUUUUUAGAAGUCCUUAACAAAUCCAUCAAAAGUAGAGAACAAUAUGAAGUUGUAAAUCAAGAUGAAGAAAGAUUAUUCAUGAUGUCUUUAAAUAGUAACCCUGCAACUGCUUCUAAAGUGGUACAGAAACGUCGAUCACAAAAUCCGCCUGAAUUACAGGAAGCCAACAAGCACAUGAACAUUGCAUUCAGUACACUAAAUAGCGAGUUACAAAGUAAGAAACAUCAAGAAGACAAAGAAAAUGAUGACACUGGUUUGUUUUGUAAACUUCUAGCAAAACAGCUCAGGGAUUUCCCUAAAGAGGAAAGAGAUGAGUUAAUGUACGAAAUCCAUGGAUUGAUCAUUAACAAACGUCAUCGCAGCAGCGGCCGAGUGCUGCAGCCCGCUAUUUCGUCUCCUAUUUACAGUCGCAGUUCAUCGGCACACGGUUCCUAUUACUCGAAUGAUUCGCUGCCAAGAAACAUCUCUCCGAGCUCACACUUCAUUCAACAGCGUUCUUUGUACUCUGAUACAUCUCCGCAAAUAAUAAUCAAUCGUCCUUCAUCAUCACGCAGUUCCCCCACUAGACCAACAACGCAAGACAUAUCACAUCAGACAUUACCGGUCGAUCAACAGUCUAUUUAG